AUGCAGUCCUCUGACAUGGCCUUGGGCAAUUGGAUGAAUAAUACGCGCAAGAAGCGACGGCCUGCUCUGGCUUGCUCCUCCUGCAGACGCAGAAAGAUCAGGUGUGAUCGACAAACGCCUUGUGAGCAGUGCAUCAAGGCCAACAUCGAAACAUGUAGCUACGUCACGAGCUCAAGGGCCUCGCCUAACAGUGCCCCCUUUCAUCCGCAGGACACACAGUUCUAUGUGUUCGAACAAGCUCCUUCGCAGUCCAGGAUGGAAACAAACUUCACUACAAGCAGCAACUGGAUGCCUGAAGUUCCUUCGGAUGCUUCGAGCACCCUAUCUAGCCACCAUGGUCACUCACUAUCCAUAGGCGCCUCUCUGCCGGCGGAGCAAGUACAGGUCCCUGCUGCUUCAGGUCCAUUCUCACAAUCUCCACUAGAGAACUGGUUUCCUGCAAUCAAAAGAGCGACAAGAGGGUCUUUCUCAAGAACCAGGUUCUAUGGGCAGAGCCACUGGCUCAAUUUUGUGCAUCAGGCAGUCAUAACUGCCCACGAGGCCAAUGAGAGCAAUCGCUGCACUAUAGCAAGAUGUCGUUCACUUAGCGACGUCAUUGCCACGCAAGAAGCCGUUCGAUCCCAGACCGCGUUCGAUUCUUACAGAGAUCUGAUCCCAGAUCGAGCGGUAGCAGACGUUCUCAUUCAAGCGUACCUGCGGACUUUCCAGAGGGUGUUUGGUAUUCUGUCUGUUGCUACAUUCUUGGACAACUAUAAAGCGUUCCAAGCCAACCCUGACGCGGUUGGCGAUACCUUCGCUGUUCCGCUUGCCCUCGUGUUAUGUCUCGGUUCGAGUUUCUGUUCGCAAGAAGCCGGCAUCGCUAGAAAUACCGUCCUAGGAUGGGUUGGCUUUGCGUCUAGCCGGAUUUACUCCUCAAUCGACACGAAAGAGCUCAAUCUCGAUGUCAUACGUACACACUGUUUGUUUUUUCUGACUCGGCAGGUCUUCUGUGUGGAUGAAAGCAACCACUGGUUGCCGGCAGGAUCACUUAUGCGCCUGGCUAUACAUCUAAGCCUUCACAUCGAUCCAGUGAAACACGACUUCCAGGAUAUGCCACCCUCAGAGAUCGAGGCUCGACGUAGAUUAUGGGCGACGGUACUAGAGCUGGAAGUCCAGUCAAGCAUGGAUCAUGGCGAGCGACCCUCCAUUGGUGUCGAGGAUUACGACUGCGCGCCGCCAUUAAACAUUGACGAUGCGGACUUGAAUACCAGCACACCCUUACCCAAGGCGGAAGAUGAACUCACCCAGACCUCGGUCCAGAUCCUAUUGAUGAGGAGCAUACCCACCCGUUUGAAGAUUGCGAGACUUCUAAACAACUUCCAGGGAGACCUAUCUUUCGAGGCGGUUUUGAGCCUGAGUUCAGAGCUUUCGGAAAUCCUCAAAUGCUGUACAAGGCUCCUCGAGGCUUUCCGGAUGAGCACAAAUUCUCCGACGGCAUUUCAGACCAAAAUGUAUGACCUGAUGGUUCAGAGGUUCGUCCUAGGGUUACACCAUCCGUUUGCUCUUAAAGCUAUGGAGAACCCUUCCUAUUACUACUCGCGGAAGAUGUGUGUUGGGGCAUCCCUGCGCCUUCUCACGCACAACUCAGCUCUGUCAGGCGACGACGACUUCCAGCGUAUUCGUAUGCGUGGGUCCGGUCUCUUCAUGAUUCCAUUCACGCAAUGUGCUCUGUAUUUGUGCAGCGAACUUACGGAUCAGGCUGAGACAGAGGAGCCGGUUCCUACAAAUGGACAGGAAACAUCCCUCUACAAACAGCUCCAUUCAGGGACAAAGUCCUAUCUCAACUGUGUCAAAGAACGGAGCCAGUUGAGCGAGAGGGAUCUGGGAUGCUAUUUGUCUGUCUGCUGUCUGCUGGCACAAGCCGACGCCAUGAAGUCGAACACGUCCGUCGAGCCGAAGAUCUCGCAGGCCCUGGCCAACGGCCUCAAUGCAUACCAUGAAUCCUUGCUUAGUCGUUUACAAGAGAGUAAGGAGUUGACUAGCUGGGAGAUGUAUGAUGAGCUAUCGAACGGUGAUGGGGCCAAUAACAAUCAGGAAUGGCCGGCUUGGGAUGAACCGACCGUGAACCUGAACUUGGAUCCGUCAUGGGGACCAGCGGUUCUGACACCUCCAUCGGGCCGGUGGCAGUCACAAGGUUUGCUGACCAAAGUUCGAUUUGUACUUAAGUGGCACGUGAAAAAGCCUGUUGACUUCCAAGGCUCGACCCUCACCCAUGAGCUCUAA